UUGGCAACAGAACCAAGUAACGGUGCGAUAGUCGAACCAGAUGCACAACCCGUCAACGCUCAGGUUAUUUCGGCCACCCCUGAAACCAACAACAAGACAGAAGAUGUCAAGAGAGACAAAGAGGCAAAGUCUCCACGUUUCGGCAAACUGUUCAAAAAGAAAGAUCGCAAAGGUGAUGGAGAGAAACUUCAACAUCAAGUGGAUGAAAGCAAUUUUCCCUCUGAUCCAAAACAAGAGACAGAUAACUUAAAGCAAGACUCAGAACCCCCGCCAGAGGCUGUGAUUCUAGUCUCCAGUCCAGAGGAGGACAAAGUUCCCGUAACGGCCAACGGAAACGGUCAGCCAGUGGAAAGCCAAGAGGAUAGCGACGCAGAGGAAAAUCCAGUUAUGAACUUCUUCAAAACACUAGUGACUCCCACCAAAACAUCCAAAAAGGAAACAGCUGCACACGAUGCAACAAAAGAUCAGGUUGCACAAAUAUCUGAACCGCCUGCAGUUCCCAAAGGAAUGCCCGCUCCACCGCCACCUCCCCCAGAACCACCAAAAAUGGAAAUCAAGGGAGAGCCUGCUGCUAAACCCGUAAAGUCAGCACCAAAACAAGAUCCAAAAGUUGCAAAGGAGGCCGAGACUUCGAGAGGAAAAUCAGCCAGAGAUACUCUCAGCAGAUUCUUCCGCCCAAAGGAGACACCAGUGGAGGUUCCACAGCCUGUUGUGGAUGUGCAGAUUGAAAGUAAGGUUGAACCUCAGGAGGCAGCACUGGCGGUACUUCAACAAGUAGUAGAAGUGCAGAAGGUGGAUCCCUCAAAAACCAGCACUCUGGAAGCUGCUGCCAAGCCAGAACCACCACCACCUGCCCAGGAAGAAAAGAAAGCGGACUCCAAAUCAUCCUUGUUUUCAUUUUUCAAGCCCAAAGUACUGUUAGAUCACAUGACCACAAAAGUCCAAGCAGCCUCCACAAGUGGAGUUCGGCUCAUCAGGAAAACUACCGGACUGGCUGCUGACCCCAAGAAGAUGACCCCGACCCCGCCUGCAGAAGCGGAGGCGGCACAAGCGGUUAAAGCAAAGGAGGAACCCAAAGCGGCGGCCAAGUCCCCGGAGGCAGUCGUAGAAAGCAAACCGGCAUCGGUGGCUUCCCAAUCCGGAGACGACGCACCCAACGUGCCAAGAAAACUGGAGAAGAGGAACUCCAUCCAGUUGUUCUUUAAGAAUCUGGGUCAGAAACGUCACUCAACAGAUGCUGGGGUCCAGACAGAACCAGUGACAGUUGCUCCAGCAGCAGAGAAAGCCAAAUAAAUCCUUAAUUUUCCUCGACUACCCCACCCCUGUGCUCUUACUUAGUCUUUAUCUCUGUCUCUAUCAAGAUCAUCAACCCCAUCCCUAAUUACUGUAACCACUUUUUUUAGACAUUACACUAUGAAAUAAUCCUGGGAGGGUAAUAGAAAGUGAACAAAGAGAGUUGAAAGAAAGUAGUUGAACUUGAGAGGCUGGUGUGUGGCCAAAGGCCGAUACAAUGGCAACCUUGUUGAGAUAUAUAUAUUUUUUGAUCACAUAAAUGUCCUGAAAAGUACAGCAAAAGUGAGUGUGAAAUCUUUUCUACAGACAUUCAGGCAUCAUGUGACUUCUCACUGUUUAACAGUCUAACAUCCUGCGCUUAUGCAAAAUAUAGUGAAGUACUGUGCUUCAGCCAAUUACUCUUUCACUACUUUAAAACUUAAAAACGCAACGUCAUAAAGGUUCUAUUUUUACACUUCAGACAUGGACAUUCAUACAGAAGUAAUGAUACAGAAAGUGAUGUGAAACUAAACUGAAACAGGUACUAUACAUAGAUAUUCAAAUGUGCAGCCCUAGAAUGAGCUGAAAUAAGUAGUCUAUAUAGCAUAUUGCACUUAUAUUUGUUUUAUCUCACUGUUGGCUAUAUAUACACUAAAUCACAGUCAAAUAAUUGUUAU